CUUUCCUUUGCUGUAUUCUUAAUAACCAGUGUUCUUACCGGUGGCUCAAUGGAGUUAUUGUGCAGUCUGGCAAAUACUCUUCAAAUAGUUUUCAUUCUUGGCUUACUAAACUUAUAUUACCCUGCAAACUUGUCAGCUUUAUUCAGCUAUUUGAAAUACUCUAACUUUGAUAACCCAGUCACAGAGAUGCCAUCCUCUUUUGCUUUGAAGAGUAUCGACAUAAUAGAUUCUCCUAUUAGUGAUGAAUUUGAGAAGCUUGGGUUUUCUUCUACGAAUUUUAUGAAGAACUCUCUUGACAUAAUCUUUAUGCUGUUCUUUAUAGGUUUGCUUAUGUUGUUCAUUUACCUGCUAUUUUCAUGUAUGAAGACUAAAUCAAAUUGGUUUGCGAAGAAGGUUAAAAAGUUGGAUACCUCCCUUAGGUAUCAAUCAUCAACCAGGAUUAUUGUGGAGAUGUCCAUGAAUUUGUCAGUCUCUGUGCUUAUAAAUAUCUUUUAUGGUAAGGCCGAAGGAGCAAUUGGCAUAUGCUCUUACAUACUAGCUGUAGCUCUCAUGGGACUAAUGAUCUUCCUUGCAAUCUAUGUAACUGUAUUUCCACUAUAUUAUGCAGAAGCCCAUACAAAUCCUGAAAAAUUCGAGACACAUUCCUUCUUGUUUGCAGAAUUCAAGACCUCUAACCCAAAAUGCUUCCAAUACUAUUCUUACUUUUUGAUUAGAAGGAUGCUGAUGGCUGGUGUUAUUGUCUGCUUAAGACAAAGAAGUCUCCUCCAGUUGAUCUGAAUCGUUAUAUUAGUAUACAAAAUGUGCAAAUACCAGCUGGUAUAUAGAUCAUUUAAAUAUCAGGUGACAAACUUCCUCUGCUGUGUUAAUGAACUCUUCUUUCUAGCUUUCUCUUUAAUUCUCUUUGUGUUCAAAAAUCCUGGAAACCCAGCCACGAUUCAAGUAUUCGGGUUCAUCACUACUGGGUUCUUGGCCAUCUUCUUCAUACUUAACUGGGGAGUCAUUUUUCCUCUGAAGGUGAGGGAUGUCUGCUCAUAUAUAAAGAAGAAAUGUAGAAAAAAAACUCAUGAAGUGAGGGAAAAAGGAAACAAUUUGUCAAGGAUCAUCCUGUGAGGCCUCAAGGAUUCAGGGAAAACAAUAUCGUAAUUAACUCCAGAAAUCCUCCUAAAAUGCCAAGGAUCGACAAAAUUUAAAUG